UACAGGGAGAGAGAGAGGUGGCACAUGCAAGGCGUUGUUGUUGUGUCAAGAGAGGACCCAAUGACUUUGUGUUGACAGCUGAAGUGUUCGGGAUACAGCAGGUCUUUUCAACAAUCUUUCCGUUCGGCUUCUGUGAGCAAAGGAGGACGUGGAUCAUCAGGAAAGAUGUUCUUUGUGGCAGGGGCCAAAAAUACAGCAGGAUCACAUGGAGUGAAUGAGAGGAGGUCAAUCUACCAGAAAUUCCGUGAGGUAGAUUUAUUGGACAAGAAGAAAACGGUGACGGCCCUAAAGCCUGGUGAAGAUCGGGCCAUUCUCCUCGGUCUUGGAAUGAUCCUCGCAUCUGUCAUGAUGUACUUUGUCCUGGGGAUCACCAUAUUACGCUCCUAUGCAGACAGUGUGUGGACAGAGGAGGGUGUGUGUGUUGUUCUCAACUCCACGGUCACAGCAGACAUGAACUGUUCCUACAACUGUGGGUCAGACUGCUGGAGAGUCUCCAAAUACCCCUGUCUGCAGGUCUACGUGAGCGUCAAUAACACGGGCCGUGUCAGCCGUUUAUCUCACAAUGAAGAGACCCAGGACGCCAGCUCUGAAUGUUUCUAUGUGCCCAGGUGCCAGAAAGACAGCCUGGCCAUGCACACCAUGAUCAUGAACAUCUCAGAGCGCCUGAAGGUCAACCAGCAGGUCCCCUGUUACUACGACCCGAGCGAGCAGCAGGAGACCGUCCUCCUGACCCGGCUGUACGACCACAGCGUCGUCUUCCACUCUCUGCUCUGGCCCUCCUGCAUGCUUACAGGAGGGGCCCUCAUCAUCGUGAUGGUGAAGCUCACGCAGUACCUCUCCAGGCUGUGUGAGGAGAUAGGGAAGAUCAAGAGGUGAAAUACGUGCGGCAGCUGUGGAAGCCAAGCAUAUGGCGGUUUGGUGAUGGACGUAUGACAUGAAAAGGAUUGUUUCAACCACACAACCUUGCUGUGACCUCUUGCAAACGUUCCUCCUCGGCUGAGACAUUUGGAACAGCUGACUUUCACCACGGACUGAGGAUGUGACUGUUAUAAAAGUGAACUGAAUGUUCAGAGGUAGAAACCUUGAGACAUGUAACUCGCAGGGUUAUACAGGGAAAACUAUGACUGGAUUUUGCAUGGUGUGAAAGCAUUGUAAAUUGCUCUGAGGUUACUUGUUUACAAUGAAGUUCAUUCUGCCUGUAAUCUAAAAUAUAGUGUAUUAUGAGCAUGUGCUUGCUAUGAGACUUAUAUGAUAAUACCAACCAGGCAGGGCAAAACACUACUGUCUUUCCAAAACUGUGGUUGUUAACACUGAACAAUGUUGUACAAUUUUGAGAAUUUUCUCAAACUUUACUGUUUUCUGAAACAAUAAUAUGUUGUAUGUUUAUACACACCAUCUAUAAAAUAUGCUUUAUGUUUUAGCCUAUAUAUGCAGGAAAAUUUAUAUUGCACAUUCUCUAAAAACAAAUCGCACUCAUUUUAUGCUUAAAACAUUAUACUUGCAGAUUUUAAAAAGGUCAACGUAAAAUAAUAAUUAUGUUUCCACAUACUAGGGUCACAAGUUCACUCUUAAACACAGCAACUACUGCAUCAAUCUCCACAUUAUCCCAUUAAUAAAAACAGCUAUUUAAUGAUCUUAUUGUGGUGGUUUUGCAGUGGCCCUGCACAAAGUGAUAUGGCUCUUAGUGGUCAAAUACUGUGGCUCUGCAGCUGUAAUAAAUGAUUAUCUCCAUAGGAUAUUUGUGCACUAGAAAGCACACAUCAAGCACAUACCUCUGCCAGGGCCGCACAGUCUCUUUUAGCCUAUUUUAAAAACAAACAAAGGUUUAUAAUCUGCAUUAAAACACACAGUGACAGAUAAUAAUGUUAAUCAGCUGAUGACUGUAAUAAUAGAGAAUAUCCCUAUCCUUGAAUUUAUGAUUGGUUUGUUCAACCAAUUAUUAUGUUACUUAUCACUAGUUCCUCUGCCCAUGGCCAAGAAUCCACUGAAUUUCACUGAAAUGUUAUGUAGUUUUACAGGUAUGCAACAAGAAGUGGAAAAAACAUUAUAUUCUCUGUAAAAACAAUAAAA